AUGGUCAUGGAUCAAGUUAAUAAUUUUGACAAGGAAGUUACAAAAAUACAUAACAUCGAAUUGGAGUUAAAUGAGCUAAAGAAUUCUAUGAAAGAUUUAAAAGAUAGCCAUUACAAGAAUGAACAAUGGCCAUAUUUUAAACCCUGUCUUGAUGAUCGCUAUUAUUUUAACUACUGGCAACAUUAUAACACCAUUGAAAACUUACGAACUAAAGAAACAGCUUUUAGUAACACUGAGGUCUUCCUUGCCUCGAUUCCUCUCCCUGUUAUCCACGUAUUGAAAAUCCACGUAUUAAAAACUUUUUUGUUAAAAAGUAAAACGAACCAAUAUUCGAAUGGUCCCAUAAAUAUAACGUCAUGCCUGUGUGGAAGUUCUUAUUUAAAAAACCAAAGAAACUCAGAUAGAGUUCAUUUAAAACAUUUUAGAGUGCAUUUGACACAAACCGAUCAACAUAGACAGAAAGUUGUUAUCGAAACGUCAACUCCUAAGAUAGUGAUAAACAAAAUUAAGGAUAAAGUGUUGCCAGAUGAGAAAGACGUUGAAGCGAAUUUAAGACUUGCAUGGAGAGAGAAAAUAAAUCCAUAUAUAAAGUUAGCUAGAUGGGAUCGACCAAUUGGUGUAUAUCUUCUAUACUGGCCAUGUUCCUGGUCAAUAGCCUUGGGUUCCUUAUCCGGUACAGUUCCUUUGAGCACGAGCUUGGAGAUGGCAGGUCUAUUUCUUGUUGGUGCUGGUUUAAUGAGAGGAGCUGGGUGUACCAUUAAUGAUUUAUGGGACAAAGAUGUGGAUGCACAGGUGGAAAGAACGAAGGAUAGACCGCUGGUUUCCGGAGCGUUAUCAAAUAAACAGGCUGUGGGCUUCCUAGCGCUACAGUUGAGCUUAGCUCUUGGUGUGCUGCUACAAUUGAAUUGUUACAGCGUGGCGUUGGGAGCUGCGAGCAUGAUUCUAGUCAUAACCUACCCGUUAGCUAAGCGUUUUACGAAUUACCCCCAAAUCUUCUUGGGGGCAACAUUCAACUGGGGGGCCUUGCUCGGCUAUUCGGCUAUCACCGGCUACAUCCAGCCAGAUGUGUGCAUACCCUUAUAUAUAUCAGCUCUGGCCUGGACUGUGUUAUAUGAUACGAUAUAUGCGCAUCAGGACAAGCACGACGACGCCCGGCUGGGUAUAAAGUCGACGGCGCUGACGUUCGGCGCGCACACGAAGAGCGCGCUGGGCGGCGCGCUGGCGGCCAGCCUGGGCGCGCUGGCGCUGGCCGGGCUCGGCGCCGGCCUGGGCGCGCCCUACUACGGCGCGCUGGCCGCCUACGCGGGCCACGCGGGCAGGCAGAUUUACACCUUAAAUCCUGAUAAUGCGGAUGAUUGCGCGAAGAAAUUUAAAUCGAAUUCAAUGGUGGGUUUGAUCAUACUUCUAGGUAUAUUAGGGGGGGGUUACCAUCAAUACGUGGAUAACAGGGAGCUCUUAGACUUAUUCUCGGAAUUGUUUGCUAACGGCCGGUUCUAG